AUGGCCCGACUGAAUGACUUCGCUGCUCCGGCAGAGUCUGUUGAGGCGCUGAAACGUCGAUUCGUACGACAAAACCGCGACAUCGUGCGGGUGAACUCAAUACAGUCUCUUCGCAUUCGCAGCUUAGAAUCGGAGGUUUCUCAUUUACUGGCAGAAAAUGUAUCACUGCGGGAACAGAUCAUCAACCUGACGCAGGAGAUCGAACGCUUCGAGUCGGCCAAAAUGCUCCACGACGGUGUCUAUGAGAUCAAAUCCCGUUUGGAUGCAAAGCUGGCGGAGCUGAGUACCUUAGCUUCGGACUUGGGCAUGUUGCCUCGCAAAGUGGGCAAGUUGCGGACCGAGAAGGCUGAAGCAGACUCGGAUCGGCACAAAGCGACCGCGACAGAGUCAAGGCCUCGAACGACCGAUCCACCGCUCAAUGCAGGCGCCGAUGAUGGAAGGCUUCCAGCCAUUGUGGAAGAUAAAUAUUAUCCCCGAAGAACGCUUGAACACCAAGAAAUCCAGAACCUCGUUCACGCCGAGUCCCGCUUAGAAUCCCCACAGCACAUCCAUUCCAUGCACGACGACUCGGAUCCAGUCAUGGAAAGUCCCAGCCCCGAACUGAACGAUCUUCUAAUGGAAAGCCGAUCAGGCAACGAUACGACAGGCGAGGAGGCAUUCCUUCCACCAACACUCGAGACUCGGAAGAAGAAAAAGAAGCCGGACUCGGCAACCCCUGCAAGUGAUCCAGUGUCGCAAAGCGGGAGGCUCAUUGCAGAGAACGAAUCCGAGCCGACGAAAUCAGGAUCGAAGCGCAAAUUCAGUCCGGAAGACGACGGAUUCUUAUCGGACCUGGCACCGGAAGAUGACGAGUUCCAGUUUAGCCGUCCGAGUCGAAGCCUUCCAAAGCAGGCAGAUUCCUUCGAUUUUAUGCGCCAGGACCUUUCGCCCAGUAAAACGCCCGUGAGCGUGAAACGCGGGUCCACCAACUCGGGAGUCACGAAGCGGAAGGUGCUUGAGCCGAAGAGUUCAAACGUUAAUUUAGGCUCACCCAAAAAGAUCCGAGCAUCUUUGAAUCCCGAUCAUAAGGUUCUCCCAAGAGCUGGAGCAGAUGAAAACACACGGUCUCCCCAGAAACCCAAGGAUCUGGACUGCCAGAGGGCCAACACUCUCAAUCUGAAACCCCACCCUGACAGACCGGCUACCGCCUCGCACAAGCAAAAGCGCUCGAGUCGGUCCGUUGAAACAGAAGAAUCUAUGCAAGCAGAGGUGGUGCCAAAGGACUCACCGAUGGCCAGGGCCGGAGGCGAUCUCUACCCAGUUUCGGACAUGACUGCUGCGUCUCGGCCUUCAAGGCGUCGUGGUGCCGUGGUCAGCUAUGCAGAGCCUAACUUGCGAGAUAAGAUGCGUCGCCCGACGAAAUCGAUGAUCGAUGCCGUGGCUGGAAACGGAUCUCGCCGGUCGUCAAGCUUCCAACUCAUGAGAGACAGCCUCGGCGAUGAAGCUGAUUAUCAACCCGCGAGCACCAGCGCUCAUCCCUCGUUGAGUCAGAUCCUUCCAGCCGAUGGGGCUCUGUCAGACCGGGCCGCGGACCUGGUCUCUCAGGGCCAACAUUCAGAUCAGCUACUGGCGACAGUAUCUCGGCGAAAACGCAAAGUGUCGUCGUCGAUCAAAGAUAACGAUGACCACCCCAGCUCGAUGUCAAGCUCCGAUGCGUCAAACCUGGCCGAUCUGUCAAAGGCUCCGAAGGAAACUAUGGGCUCAAGGGCACAGUCUCGGCGGCACUCUUCGAACCCCAAGAGCACGUCUCGAGACACAUCUCGCCGCGAGUCGGAUCUGACGAGUGACCUCGACAGCAGUCUGGAAGGAGAUGAUAUUGCUGGGUGGAAGAACUCGUCGGCCAUGGACGCGCGCUACAGACGGGAGACUCGUGUGGCAGCGAGGAGAAAAAGUAUGAUGGUUUGA